AUGGGUAUCCUAAACAAUCUUCUUGCAGAACAUGACGAAUAUCAGUAUUUGAGAUUGGUACAAAAGAUAAUUCAAACAGGUGACAAGAGAGUCGACAGGACAGGCGUCGGAACUCUAUCUAUUUUCGGGGCUAUGCAAAGGUAUUCUCUCAAGAAUAACACCCUGCCUUUACUUACUACUAAACGAGUAUUUACCAGAGGUGUUAUUGAAGAGUUACUUUGGAUGAUAUCUGGCUCAACUGAUGCUAAAGUACUUUCUUCCAAGGGUGUGCACAUCUGGGAUCCUAAUGGAUCGCGACAGUUUCUAGACAACUUGGGAUUUACAGAUAGAGAGGAAGGUGACCUGGGCCCAAUUUAUGGUUUCCAAUGGAGACAUAGUGGAGCUGAUUAUGUUGAUUGUAAAACUGACUACACAGGUCAAGGGGUUGACCAAUUAAAGAAUGUUAUUGAGACAAUUAAGAAUCGCCCUGCAGAUCGACGAAUGCUGAUAUGUGCAUGGAAUCCAUCAGAUCUAAGUAAAAUGGCUUUGCCUCCAUGUCAUUGCCUCGCUCAGUUCCAUGUAUCAAAUGGCAAACUAUCUUGUUUGCUGUACCAAAGGAGUGCAGAUAUGGGUCUGGGAGUUCCGUUCAAUAUUGCCAGUUAUUCGAUCCUCACACACAUGAUUGCACAUAUCACAGGAUUGGAGGCUGGUGAAUUUAUUCACACAACAGGAGACACCCAUGUAUACUUGAAUCAUAUAGAUCCCUUGAAGGUACAGCUACAAAGAACACCCACAGAAUUCCCCACAUUAGAGUUUGCCCGCCAAAUCAAUUCUAUUGAUGAUUUCAAAUAUGAAGACUUCAUCAUCAAAGGAUACAAGCCACAGCCUAAAAUAGAUAUGGAAAUGGCUGUUUAG